UCAGGUCAACAUUUUGUUGACGUUGUCAAAAAUUAAAGACGUCUUCUCGCGUCUUGGAAAACGAUCGUGAAGAUCUUAUAUUUUAUGAAGGUGGAGCAUUCUCUCAAUUGAAUUUAGAUGGUCCACGUAUUUGCGUCUAUGAUGAAGUCGAUGAACAACCCCCCACCGAUGCACGGGCCCCCGCCCGCCGCGCCCCCGAGCUACUCGCAGGCGGUGGGCGGCGUCCCGCCGUCCAGCCCCUUCACCCCCGGACAAUCUCUGGCGGGGGGCCCGACCAUCGUGACGACGGUGGUGCCGGUGGGGCCCCAGCCCACCCACAUGAUCUGCCCGCACUGCCAUGCCGAGAUAGACACCGCCACCAAGACGGAGCCCGGUCUGAUCGCCUACAUCUCCGGGGUUGUCAUCGCCUUGCUGGGGUGCUGGUGCGGCUGCUGUCUCAUCCCCUGCUGCAUCGACGAGUGCAUGGACGUGCACCACACGUGCCCCAACUGCAAGGCCUACAUGGGCCGCUACCGACGAUAGGGGGGAGCCCCACCUCCUGCCGCAGUGCCUCGCCCUGUCCCGUUCAUCGCUUGCUCGCUCUCCCCGCCUGGUUGUGUCGUCCAGUUCGCUUUCGCCUCUCCUCCCUCGUCCUUUCAGCAAGCUUCUGUGCGCAUUUAACAUUGAUUUAAACACGUGUCGUGUGGAACACUAUUGUCUACCUGUACUAAUCACACAAGUGUUCUUGCCCGUUAACUUCGCACACGUAUUUAACGAAAUGUUUAUAAUAUCUAUGCAGAUUUACAACUUUUUUUUUUAUGGAAAUUUGCAUUGCGGAGUUAGUCGGACGCUUUUAACAGCUUUUACUAUCCAUGUAACCUAACCCUAACAAUACUCAAUUAAGUUUUAAUGCAAGUUUAGUAUAUGCCACGAACAUGUGCACUUUUAUUUUACUUAAAACUACGAAUGUUUUUAUUUAGACUACUUUUUUAUUUAAAAAAAAAGAAAAAGAAAAAUUCUCACAAAUGUUUAGCUAGCAUAUUUACUUAAAAAUGAAUUAGUUGAUUUUUAUUUAAUAGAAUAUCACGAUUAUCUUUGGGUUGAUUCUGCAAUUGGCCAACAGUUUUCGUGGCGGACUCUUAGCCAAUGAGAAACCAUUAUUAACCAUGCAAAUAUAGGGAACCUCUCAAGUAAGCCACUAUUGAAAAGGUGACAUUUGUCCAAACACAGGGGAUUGUAAAGUCUAUCCUAGAGGUCAUUGAACCCAUACAUUUUUCCAGUUCCUAAGAAUAGCCCUUAAAUAAUAGUAAUGACAAUAAAAUGAAACAACUGACAUAUAUAAGUUCAAGCCUUAAUGCUGCUUCACAUGAAUCUCUCAAAAGUGCAAAUUGUUCAUGGGAUAGAGUUUAUAUUUUAUUAUGCUAAAUUCAUAAUUAGUUAAUUGAAAAUAUAAGUAUAUCAGUGACAUAGGUAUGUUUUGUUAGAGACUAAUGGCUUUGCAUACAGUGAAGUAUACUGCAUUAGUUGCUACAUGUUGUGUAAAGAGUUCACCAUUUUUAAACACAGGAUCGCGUGCUUUUGUGGCUUUUGGCUUAAGUUGUUGACUUUUGGGUUCUAGUUAUAUUGAAGACUAAGAUUUCACAGAUGUUUUGGUCUACUUUGCAGUCGCCAUCUUCAGUGGGUGACUGCUACCCUGAAGAUGGCGUCUGCAAGCUUGAUCGAAACGUCGGUGAAAUCUUCGCCUUCAAUGUGGCUAGAACCCAGAAGUGCAGCAACUUCAUUUUUUAAGAAAGGUUUUCCCCCCACUUUUCGUAUGAAAGCUUUUGUGUUUCGUAAAUAUAGCUACCAGCAACUUUGAGGAAGAAAAUAAACAUUUAACAUGUACAUUGCAACACGUAAGUAGGUACAUUUAAGUUGUAGCAUAAUAUCAUAUAUGCUUCAGAUAUGCUGCAUAAUCAGCACAUAAUUUACACUUAUGUAUUGACUACGGUAUAAAAUAAAUGUUAUGUACUAGAUAGCAUUUCUGGUAUUUUACAAAUACAGUUUUUUUGUGUAAACAAUAUAUUGUUUUUACAUAAUUUUAUAAUAAAAAAAUUAUAGCUUUAAUAAUUAUUUUUUUGCAUACACAUACAUAAAUUACAUACUCUGACAUAUUCACUGAAGUAAGGAGUGGUAUGUCAUUCAUUUUUCCAGAUAUUAGUUGCAUAUUUCACCAAACACUGCAAUGUGCGUAACAUACCUUGAAAUUGAAUAAUCCACUUGGGCCUUAUAAAUGUUAAUCUUGAUUGUUAGAUGAAGUGAUGUUUGUGUGGGCAUGUUAUGUACAGAAAAAUCUACAACAUCUAAAAGUAUUUGAUUGUUUCAAUAGAAUGUAGAAGGAAAUAAGAAUGAGCUCUUGACAUGGUUUUGUAAAGUUUUUUGUAUGCAAUUUUUGUGGAUACAAAUAAAGAUUUAACUUGUGUUAAA